CUGCUAGGUCCAGCUAGCAGUAGGUUGGCGAGCAAGAUUAUGGAUACACUCAGUCAACUAUAUUGUUUCCUGGUAAUGUUCAUUAUACAGACAGGAGCAUCCCCUUAUGACUGUGACACAAGUGCCCUUGCUGAAAGGUUGUCUAAAGAAAAUGGCAGUUUUAUAAAUAUUACCUAUUUUCUUGACAACCCUGCAGUAUCAACAUUUGCAGACAAUAGCGAUUUCUAUUUUAGUCUGUGCCAAAAUAACGAACAUGAAUAUCGGUGCAAAUUUGAGUGGAGCAAACGACAAAACUACCUGACAGUUAAAAAGUAUGGAACAGCAAGCAGCACAUUCUGUUCAGCAGAGCGUAGAAACCUUACUUGGGUCAUAAGGAUUUCACAGGUAGUCAGUUGGUCACUAUCUGUCAUUUAUUUCUACAAUGAGGAUGACCGUUUACAGAGAAAGACAAUCAAGGAGACAGUCAUUAAAGCUGUAUGCCCAACCAGAGUCACACACUUCGCAAUAAACGGACAGGAAGUGAACGAUACUCAUCUCAUCGACGAGGGUCAAAAGGUCAGCGUCUUCUGCUCCUUUUACAAAGGAAGCCCCCCUGUCACCUUCCGUUUGGCGGACAAAGCUAAUAGAGAAGUUAUUUCAGAUGUGAACAGCAAUGGAAUUUGUAUGGAAGAAGAUCAACUGAACUUUUCACUGUCAGUGGACUGUGAAGAUAACUGGCCAACAGUUGUGUGUGAAGGAAGCGGGUCAACAAAUAAUAGAUCGGUGUCUUUUCUUGUCAGAUGUACUCCUCAGUUUCUUCACGGUCCUUUCUCAAUCGUUCCAUCAGAAUUGGAGAAAGUAAGAUUCCAUGUGAAGGCACACACAACAUCAUUCAAUGAAUGUCGCCUGUUACCAGACCCGUCAGAGAAUACAUUCAUACCGAAGGGGAAGUGCAUCCUAACUGGCAACCCUCCUGAUCUGGUUUUAAGGCUUUUUCUGGAAGGAAACAUUACCCAAGGGAACUGGAGAAUAGUUCUUAGCAACGAAGCUGGUUCUGGAAACACAUCGAUUACAAUCACUGAAGAAUCUAGUAUGUAUAUCAAAACGUGUUUAAACUAUAGAAUGAAUACACAAUGCACAAUAUGAAUAGUUAUUAAUUAAACAUCCCAGCCUGUUUACUGUCUGUUGUACUAUUUAACUAAUUAUUUAUAAGGCAAAAACCAUUAUUCGGUGAUUACCUAUUCCAAGGAUGUAUGUUUAAAUUAAGAGUGUGUUUAAAUUUUCAAUGAGUUAACCUUUUAUUCACAAAUGUAGAGAAAUGCACAAAAUUAGUAAGGCAAAUUAACAAUCAUAAUUAAUAAUACUAAUACAGGCACCGCCACCAAGACCAUUUUGUAUUGACUGUAUACAGUGAUACCCUGAUUUCUUUCACAGAAACAAAGUUAUGUACCUAUGAUUUUGCUUAUUUCACCCGGGGUUUCUUUUAGUUAGUUCCGUGACUGCUUCGCGAAUCUCGCGUUGAUACGAACGUCUUCAUUCCGUGAUUGCGUGGAGCGAAUCGGCGCGUGUCGUCACAACCACGUGACCGUGUGUUUUCUUGAUUGCUGGAAAUUUUGAAACAACAGGCCGCAUGCAACAAGCGUUUCGCAAUUGGAAUUUUAUAACAUAUCAUGUAAAUAAACAUGUAUUUGUCUCGAAACACAAGUCCCUUCUUCUACCCUACUCUGAGCAUUUCAUCGCGAACUUGUAUCCCCUGGACAGCUGGCAGACGAUUUUUUUUUCUGCACUGCUAGAACGAGGCUCCAUACCAAUAAGCUUCCGGUUUAUUCAGAUUAACUACUAAAACGAGACAUUAAAUGACAUAGCCUCCGGUUUAUUCACUUUCUUUGUUACGGCUCGCCGAGACUAACAGUGGAUCACUUCGCAGGAGGCCAAGAAAAACAAAGCAAGGGAUGUGUAUGCUGAAUGCACGACACAUUAUGCACGGGGUAUAAAUUGUACGUACAUUUUGUGUUUCGACUAACGAAAGUUUUUCCUAUCCUUGUGAUUUUAUCUGUUAGCUACAAAAACUCAAAAAGAGUGUUUGUGCUGUUCUUGUAUUGUCAAUCUCUCUAUAGCCCACCCCCAAUCCUGUGAUGGGGUCCUUCUGAAUGUUUUCUUUACCAGUCUACUCUUUUCUUAUAUGGUUCUUCGUUUACCAGUAUAUUACUCAAAGAUUCCACUGUGGAAACAGGCAUGUUUUAUUCGUAUUUAAUUUUAGGAGACAGACAUUAUUUCUAUGAUGUUUCUUAUUGAUUGCUAAGAAAUUCUGUCCACCAUCUUAUUUUUUUUUUUAAAUUCAGUUUUUAGGAGGCCAUCUGGCCCACAUCAACAUCAGACAAGAUUCAGACAAGAUUCUGACAUUUAUCCUCAUGUAAUGCUCUUGGUCAUGCAGAUCUCCUUUACAAACCUUGUUUUUAAGUAAAGGACAACUCUAAUGGUUACUCUACACUCUAGGUUCUUACAUGUGUAGUUUACAAUUUCCAAAUACCAUUUGGUUCACAUCAACCUCUUAUAUUGUAUGUUACAUGCAUAUUAACAGUGGGUUGCUGUACAUGAUCAACAUAUUAUACCACGAUCUUAUUGUGAAUGUGAGUGUUUAUAAGUAGAAGCGGAGGAUCAAGUGAAAAUAUAGGAGGAACAAUUUCUAGUAAGUAAUUGAAAUUGAAUAAGAUAAUGAUCUUAAUAAAUUUGCUUAUUGUAUCGUGUUAAUUAAUUUAUUUAUUUGUAUUCUUUUUGCAUUAAAUUUGAUAGCUCAAGGUAGACUUUAAUUGCACUUUCACCUUAUUUAAAAAAGAAACAAAGGCAGUGACUUCCUUGAUAUACAUUUUUGUCAAAAUUAUGACUGUGAACAAUACGAAGAUCAUCUACAUGAUUUAUUCGUUCCUUUCUCUUUCAUUGACAGCACUGGAAGUUAAAGCCUAGCUUGCAAUAUGAAGUGCAAAUAAAGUCAAGGUUGGACCCAGACCGAAACAUGUAAGCUAUAAUAGUGUACUCAGUUUGUAUAUUUCUUUGAUGUGCAUGACUUUUUUACUAAUGAAUUAAUGAAAACAAAAAACUGAUGUCGGUUUAACCGAUAAAUGCUGAGGAUGCCACACAAGUAGACAGAGGCAGUAUGCCAUGUCUCUUUUCUAUAAUUAAAAUGAUAUUUAAUGCAACAAAAUAAAUGUGUAACACCACAGGUAAAAUACUAGAAAACAGAAUAACAAAACACUACAGGAUGCAUUAAACGUUCAGUGUGUGUGUGAACGUUUAGCGAAAUUCAAGCUUUUUUUUUUAUUCUGUUUAAAGCAAGUUAUUAUGUGUAGUUAAAGUUCUAAGAGGAAUAGGAACAGUAUUUUCUUUUGACAACUUUCAUUAAUGUGCAUCUCGCUGUGGCUGGUCGUGGAAUCUGGUGCUGGGAAGUCAAGAUGGAGCGGUCACCACGUCAAGAAAGAUACUGAGGAGGCAAAUAAUAAUGUGACGGUCGAUCAUUGUCAGCAUCCCCUACCACAUCCAAAGCCGAACAUCUUCCUACACCACUGCUUGGUUGAAGUGAUGGAUAAACACUUACUUGUAUUAGUUCUACGUACGGAGUCAUUUGUGACACAAGUACACAUAUUGUCUUUGGUGUCAUAUCAUCAUUGCACUGGCAGGAGGAUCACAAAAAGAAAAGAAACAAUAAUUCUCCUGUUGCUGAAACUACUGGCCGCAGCCGUGUCUAUGGGAAGCUUGAUCCUAUUUCAAGGUCGUAUAAGAUGUGUCAGUCUCUAAUAACACUUGGUAAGACUUACAGCCGGACUUGCGGCCAAAAGUCAAUCCACUGAUCUUUCCGUAAUUUGAAUUAAAAUGCAUUCGGGACUUUCUUGAUGACAUUUGCCAUAAACCGCUCUGCAGACUUGUACUUAGAGAGGAGUGAACCUUAUAUUCAUUUCAACUCUUCUGGCUACAAAUACCAGAGGUUACAAAUAUUGUGUCUGUAUGAUCCUGGUUUAACAAGGAAAAAAGAAUUAAAAUACAGCAUCAGAACUUGACUGCACUAAUUUUUCUUGUAAAAGAAUAAAAUAUCAAUUAAAUAAUUAACACUACAAUUCCCUCCCCCUUUAAGGAAAACAGCUACUUGUGAAUCAGAAAUGCAGGCAACUUCUUCUAGAAACCUGCUAUUUUUAUGUUGCAAAAUUUUGAAUGAAGAGAAAUUUUAUUUUGAGUGAGUUCACUUACGUUACUCAAGAUCUUUUUCUCACUCGUUUAUUCAAUCACUUGGACAUUCAUGUAUAGUUGUAUAGACAUGUACAGAGGUAUAAAUACUUAUAUCUCAAUACUGUUUGCUGCUAAAUAGUAGAUAUAGUACACUCAUAUAUUCAUGUAGCAGCAAUAUUUUACUGAAACCCAAAAGGAUAAUGAAAACAUCCCCACGAAAUAUUUCCCUAAAAUCUUUUUCUAGGAGCAGAAUUCCCCAAGUGUACCGAAAGUGAUUAAAUGUGUUAAUAUUAUGAUAAAAUCAAUUAAUUGGGUACAGUAACUUAGGUGAAAUUUGAAACUCAAAUUAUCAAUCUUUCAUAAUCAUCAUGACAACCAGUUCAAAAAGAAAGCUUGCCUUGAGUAAAAUAAUGUGAGUAGUUAACAAUUCAAGUGAAUGUGAUUGUCAUAAAAAGUUUAUGUCAUAAAAUAACUUUAAGUUGAUUACGGUCAUUUGUGAUGCAGUAGUUCUGAUGGUAAGUAGAGAAAUUGGUGAUUUAAGUGAAGAUUUUUUUAAUUAUUUUACAGAUGCAUCAAUGCCUUAGACAAUCAUGCUUGACAACUGUUUAAAGAAAUAUAUUAUUAUGAGUAUUAUUCUUAUGUUUGCACUAUACCAGAUAAACAUGGACAGGAGUGUAGUGUCUGGUUAUUUGGAAUGGAAUUACAUCAUCAGUGCUUAACCCUUCAUCUAUGUGCUGUCGAGUUUAUUGGGGGUUCAGUAAUAAGCUUCCUUGAACAUGGUCAUACAAUUAAAGGGCUUAAAAAAGCCUGCAAGCAGAACACACUGUCAAAAAUACCAGGUUCAUGUCAUGAUCAUAAGCAUGUGUCAGGAGAGGUUUGUAAAAGAUUAUAAAUUAGUUCUCUAUUAGAGAGAAUAAUUAUUUCUGAUAAUGCUAUUUAUUGUAGGCUAUUUGUGAGUGAAUGUGUUGAUUUUAGUGGAGAUUUGACUAGAAAACUAUAAUAUUUUGCUGAGAUGUGAUGACUCCACGUACCUGAUUCAGCAUUAUUUUAAGUAUAAACUGUUUCCUACAUUAACUGAGAAAUGUGAGAUACUUGAUACUGUUAGUGGAGAAAUAUCUUUAAUAGUUAGAGGUCAACUGUUUUAAACUAACAAACUUGUAGACAAAACCUAUAUGAUUAUGGAUGAGGAAAGGCAGAUACAUUAAAUUGUGUUAGAGUACUGUUACAGACAUGGUGACAUCAUUGUACACCAUACUGUAAUAGUUUCUGAGACUAGAUUAUAGCUUACUCAUUGCAUUGUUUCACAUUGAUUUAUAAGCCUUGUAAUAUGUUUAUAUGCCCAUUGAUUUUGAUGCCCUGUGUCACUGACUCAGUUCCUAGCAUGUGAACACAUCUCUUCCCCAUCGACAACAGGGUGUACAGUCAUACACAAAACUAUACAAAUCCAAAAUAAAUUUGUAAAUAAAUUUGCGUGCAUGUGUGCAGGUAAAUAACUGGUCUACAUGUAUUUCUGAGAGAAAGUGUUUGUGCGUGUCUUUAUACUGGUAACAGGCAUGUGCAAGAUAUAUUCACAUUCAUUUCAUAUGAAUUUCUAUAUAUCAGUGUCUCUUUGAUCAUAACAUCUCUGCGCUCAGAUUUUACUUUGUAUGAAGAUUGAAGUUUCAAAAUUCACUUGCUAAAGUUUCACUCAUAAUUCUAUUUUCCAUAUUGCUCAUUUAUAGUUUGUUCUGUCCACGUGAUACAUGAUGAUAUAAGAACAAAAGAUCUUAGCUGAUAGUCAAAGGGAGGUAAGUUGUAAAUGCUACUAUAGGACUUGGAAGUGAUGAGAAUAAUGAUUUUUGAAAAACUGAAAAUGAAACAGGUUUUUACUAUUAGGGAAAAAAAUUAAUGUACACCUCCUUCAGUCAAAUUCAUUUUGGUCAUCUCAAUCCCAAAUGUAAAGUUUUAACUUUUGUCUUUAAGACUUUAUUGUUUUCACACAAUAUAAGGUGAUUGAUUCAUGAUUGUUUUAUUUUUAUUGUGCUUUUAAAUUUCUUUUAGAUGUCAUAUGUUUUGCUGGUGCUUGUGUGUCUGUGUAUAGAUACAUGGUUGAUUGUUGGUCUGUGUUUGUAAGCUUUUAUACUUACAGCAAGUUGAGCUAAUCUCUACCAGGGAAAAAGUGCUCUACAAAUUUUUAUUAUUUUUGUUGCUGAAGUGACAAAUUAUUUUCUAAGAUCACUUUCUUUUUAUAAUUUUAACUAUGUUAUAAUGAAAAGAUUUCAAACAGUUCCAUAUCAGUUUCAAAUGUGAACAUAUGAAAAAUAAUGAUCUCUUCUUCCUAGUGCUGUACAAAUGUCUAAUCCCAACUAUACUUGACUUGUGAGAGAAUUUUAUCAAUCGAAAUUUUUCAUCAAUAACACUAGAUUUACACAGCCUCCAGCUGUACUUCCUGUUUGAUAGUUAAGAUUUCAUGUUGCUGUGCAUUAGAAGUCCUAGAUAACAAGCAACAUAUUAUUUUUUUCACUGUAAAGCAUAUUUUAGAACACAAACAUUGGAAAGGAGAUAUUUAAUGCAAGACACAUUUUAAGUUACUGGCUUCUUUUUUGCUUAAAAAGGGAGUAAACUUAAAAGAAAAGCAGAAUUUUAAAAAUCAGCCUGUUUUAAUGGACAAUAAAGUAUUACAAUUGGCAUGACAAAUUCUUCUCUUCCCUCAUAUUGUGGGUGUAUUUGUUUGGUGGUGGAUUGUUAAUGCCUUGUAGACCUUUUCUCCUGUUUUACUGGUUUAUGCACAUAAACAUACAAAUAAACAAACAUUCUCUCAUGAAGAUGUAACGGAU